CUUGACAAAUUCAUGGUUUUCGAAAGGCACAGUAACGAAGAACUACCUGCGGAAAACCACACCGAAGUAGUUGCUUGUCCAACACAACCAGUCCUCUGCAAGUCGUCAACAUGGCAGAGACUGCUGAUGAAACGAUCCUGAACCCGGACAACCUCAACAAGUACAAGAUUGCAGCCAAGAUCGCAGAAGAUGCCCUGAGCCAGGUUCGAGGAUGGCUCGCUGAUGGCGAGAAAAUCGUGGAUCUCUGUGAGCGUGGUGAUAGACUGAUCGAGGAAGAGCUCAGCCGGGUCUUCAAGGGAAAAGCUACCAACAAGGGAUCAGGCAGCCCCGUCAGCAUUUCUCCGAGCAGCUAUGUGACACCAUUCACCCCCCUCAAGUCGGACACCGAAGAUGCCGAGAUGACGAUCAAGGCGGGCGAAGUGGUCAAGAUACAGCUAGGCGCACAGAUCGACGGCUUUGGCGCCAUUGUGGGAGACAGUGUCGUGGUACCGCAAGAGAAAGAGAAGAAGGCUGAGAUCUCCGGCAGGGAGGCAGACCUUCUUUUGGCCACACACUAUGCCAACGAGCUGCUGUUGAGAUUGAUGGUUCCACCCGGGCUGUUGGCGGCGGGCUCAGAGGAAGAGAAAAAGAAGGCUGCAUCGGAGAAGCCACCCACCCAGACGAAGAUCAACUCCCUGGUUGAGAAAGUUGCCAAAGCCUACGAAGUCAAUGUCGUCCAGCACACGACGUCAUGGAUGUUUGAGCGCAACGACAUUGAGGGCAAGAAGAAAAUCAUCCUGGCACCAGCUGAUGGUACCAAAGGCGAAGGAUCCGCAGAUGUCGGCGAAGUUUGGGGUGUCGAGAUGGGUCUCAGCUUAGGUUCUGGUAAAGUCAAAGACUUGGACAAGCGUUCAACACUGUUGAGACGAACCAACACGACAUAUGGCUUGAAACGACCCAGCUCACGGCAAGUCCUUUCGGAGAUCGUCAAGAAGUUCGGCACUUUCCCUUUUAGUCUUCGACAACUGGAGGACGAGAGAGCUGGCAAGGUCGGAGUUGUCGAGUGUAUCCGAUCUGGCGUGCUUCGGGAGUACAAGCCUUCAGCAGAAGCCGACGGAUCUGCAGUUUCGAGGUUGUUCAGCACUGUCGCUAUUACAAAGAAUGGUCUUGUGCGUCUGGCGGGACCGCCAGCCUUGGAUCUGGAGUCAGUCAAAUCGGACAAGAAGAUCGAAGACGAAGAGAUUCUCAAAAUUCUUGAACGACCCCUGAGCAAGUCCACAGGCUCCAAGAGCAAGAACAAGAAGAAAAAGAAGAAGCCAGCCAAGAAGGCUGCAGCUACUGAGGAUGACGAAGACGAAGAAGAGUCCAGCGACGAGGAAUGAGUGACUCGGUAGUUGCGACUGGACGAUGCAGUGCUUCGGUCUAUACAAUUGCCGUACAUGGCCAUGGUUGCGAUCCUGGCGAAAUUCACUAUCGCUGACACGCGAUGUCGAGGCAGUGGCUGGGAAGAGGUGCUGGGUGCUGCUGACGCGACCCUUGGCCCUAUCCACGCCGCGUGCUUCACGUUGCUGCUCCGCAGCGAAGCAUAUCGUUAAGCGGUUCCUCCCGGGUUGACGAUAUCAACUUGAUCAGAGGGCGGAUGAGCAUACUUAGCUGAGAUGAAAAAUGACCAAAAGUGCUUCGAUCCAGGCAUGCAGCUUUUGCCCCUCGGGAUAAUUGUGUAGAGCCUAAGUGAAGCGCAAGGCAGGCACCCCCUAAUCCUCGC